GGGUAUUCCGCUACCUUAGGACCGAACUCGCUUCAACAAGGCGGUUCAAGCCAUCCGAUCACAGAUUGGCGGUGAGAAUCUAGUGCUUAAUACCGAACCUUUGGAUGAUGGUUGGUGAGCCUUCGACCGUCCAGCCAUUCUUUUAUCCAACUAAACUAACAUGGUCAAGGUAUAUGGAGCAUCCCAACACCCAUGAUGCAUUUCAUUUGAUCGAACAAGAGGAGCUUGUCUCAUCCGCCACUGUAUUCCCAGGCUCGACCGAAGCGGUCGUCCAAGUUGUGAAAUGGGCCAAUGAGUACGAGGUUCCCAUUUACCCAAUCUCGAUGGGACGAAAUUUGGGCGAUGGCGGAGCAGCAGCUCGAGUCAGAGGCUCGACAUGCCUCGUCGAACCAGGUGUCUUCUACUACGCGCUGUAUGAAAAGAUCCAGAAAAGGGGACACACCCACCUCUGGAUUGAUGUGCCUGAUCUUGGUGGUGGCUCAGUCCUGGGAAAUGCCGUGGACAGAGGCGUUGGCUAUACGCCCUACGGAGACCACUUUGGUGCACAUUCGGGAAUGGAAGUGGUACUUCCGACUGGAGAAGUCAUCCGCACCGGGAUGGGCGCCCUCCCAGGAAAUAACACCUGGCAAAUCUUCCCGUACGGUUUUGGACCAUAUGCUGAUGGGAUAUUCACUCAAUCAAACUAUGGCAUCGUUACCAAACUUGGCAUGACUUUGAUGCCCAAUCCAGGCGGCUCCGAAGGGUUUAUGUGCACUUUCAAGGAAGAGGAAGAUCUGGCUCAGAUUAUUGAAGUCAUACGGCCCUUGAGAGUACGCAAUGUCCUCGAGAAUGUGGCGCAGUUGAAACAUGUCGUCCAAGAGGUCGCUCUCCUCGGCAAACCUCGGUCUGCGUGGUAUCAGGGUAAGGAUCAAAUCCCCAUCAAGGUCUUGCGUGAAAUUGCAUCGACGUUGCCAUGUGGAGAUUGCUCCUGGGUGUUUUAUGGAUCAACGUACGGGCCGAAAGAAGCCAGACAAAUUAAGUUGAAGGCCAUCAGGGAGGCCUUUGAGACGGUUCCGGGUGCCAGAUGGAUCCCGCGAGAGUCCUUGCCAAAGGACCACUACUUCUUCUCGCGCGAGAAGAUCUCAAGUGGAGUGCCAGAAUUUGAAGAAUUGAGGUGGCUCAAUUGGCAUCCCAAUGGAUCGCACGUUUUCUUCGGCCCAGUGUCCGCGCCUCGGGGUGAAGACGCCAUGAAACUGUUCAAGUGGCACGAUGAAUGUGAUCUUGAUUCUUUCCCGGCAUGUUGCGUAGGGUUGCGUGAGAUGUAUCUCAUUGUCAACAUGGUCUACAACAGGGGCGACCCGGUCUCUAAGGCCAACGCAUACAGAUGUAUGCGCGGGAUGAUCAAAGAUGCCGCUGCUGAAGGCUUUGGAGAGUAUCGCACUCAUCUCCUACUUCAAGACCAGGUUGCCGCAACGUACAACUGGAACAACAGCUCCUUGUUGCGAUUCCAGGAAUUGCUCAAGGAUACGCUGGAUCCCAAUGGCAUUUUGGCACCAGGGAGGUCAGGUAUUUGGCCCAAAAAGUACCGUGGUAAAGGGUGGGAGCUCGGGGCUGGCGACUUGGAGUCGCCUUCCGAGGGAGACGAGGUAUCGCACAAGACCCUUCUCAUUAAGGAGGGUUCCAGGCUCUGAGUACCGUACUCUGCCAGAAAAGCUAGCUAGCUUGCUCGGGCGUUACAAUAACACACUUGUCGCAAGAUAGGCAGAAUUCCUCCGCCUCCACAAACUUAGAAC